AUGUUCAAAUUGUAUAUUCUAACAGUUUUACUGGCCAUUUUGAUGGCAAAUGUUAGCGCCUUCAGUUACUACAUCUUGAUACCGGCAGACGUCGCCAACAGCCCCGAUUACCUCCAACAGCAGCCGGACCUGGAGACAAUGACAAGAGCAAGGAGAUCAGAGUAAGCUAUUGUCGGAGAAAUCACUGAAAAAUCAGGAAAAAAUGGUUUUUUGACUGAGCUUUGGAGACAAUUGAUUGUUGAAAAAAUGGUGUCAAAAGUGAUCAUAGAGGGCAAAAUUUAGUAUCAAAAGGUAUCUCAAACCCAAUGAAUGACAUUUCAGAAGGUAGAGAGCUUACAAGGGAAUGGUCCCAACGAUCCGUGGGAUCCGCAAAUGAAACCUAGAUAUUCUGAAAGAGCAGGUAAAAUUUAGUAGGAAUCCGUUUUUUCUACUUGCCGAAUAAGUCUGUGCGACGAGAAAUAUCGUCGAAAAGAUCCGACCAAAAAAUCGAAAGAGAGAAAAGACGAACCGAAAGGCCUUCGAGGGCGUCACCAAGUAGUCUAGUGGAAAAAGUUCCACGCGCAAAUCUUUUGGGGAAGGGAGGCCUUGGAGGUUCGAGUCCACCCGGAGCCGGACAUCUCCGGAUUUGAACCUACGUGUUCAUUACUGUAUUCUACAGUUAUACAAAAAAAAUUUUUUUUGUUUAACCCGUUUUACAAGAUUUUUUUCAUCCGAAGGCUUGGCAAUCACUGGUCAUUACCUCUUUUUAUGAUGCCGCCAGGUCCGAAGUUCCAAAGAAGACAAAUUUAUGCAAAUUUAUACCUUCCGGGCAGAAUUUGACAAAAAUAAUUUGGGCAUUUGUUAAACACAUGUCCACGGCCAUUUUAAACCAAAAAACUCAAAAUAGAUUUUUUCGUAAAUAUUCACGGGGUCUACUACACGCUGAUGCAAGGACCCAAAAAUUCCCUUAUCAACUGUUCUUGCAAAAUUUUAUGAAAAGGUGAGAUUUUGGCAACAUCCUUUUUGGGAAACCGAAAAAGAUCUGCAAGAUCCUAUACAACCUUCCAGAAUCGAGUAGAAGUGUCUUGAAAAUACCACUAUGUCGACAUCGGGCUUAUCAAAAAUAUUGCCGAAGUGUCAACUUUUCUUAAAAUUUUGCAACAAACCUUGCAAAACAGGUCAAUAAACAAAAAAAUCUUUUCUAGUAACUGUAGAAUACAGUAAUGAACACGUAGGUUCAAGCCGGAGAUAUCCGCUCCGGGUGGACUCGAACCUCCAAAGACUUCCUCCCCCAAAAGAUUUGUGGGUGGAACUUUUUCCACUAGACUAUUUGGUGACGCCUUCGAAGGCCUUUCGGUUCGUCUUUUCUCUCUUUCGAUUUUUUGGUCGGAUCUUUUCGACGACAUUUCUCGUCGCACAGACUUAUUCGGCAAGUAGAAAAAACGGAUUCCUACUAAAUUUUACCUGCUCUUUCAGAAUAUCUAGGUUUCAUUUGUGGAUCCCAUGGAUCGUUGGGACCAUUCCCUUGUUAGAGUUUAUUGAAUACAGUCCUAAUCCUUCCGCAAAGUCAACUAACUGAUUUUUGGCGUUUGCACCGUGCGAAAAAAGUGACAACCCAAAAAAAUCUAUUGCACGGUGCAAAAAGGAAGAAAUUGCACAGUGCAAAAUAAACUUUUGUUUUUGCACAGUGCAUGUCGCAAAAGCCAAUUUUCGCGACAUGCACUGUGCAAGAAAAGCGACAACCCAAAAAAAUCGAUUGCACGGUGCAAAAAGGAAGAAAUUGCACAGUGCAAAAUAAACUUUUGUUUUUGCACAGUGCAUGUCGCUGAUUCCAUUAAGGCAACUCUCCGGAAGGGCUAGAGCAUUUUGCAGAAAGAGUCAAGAUUACCUUUUGACACUUUUUGGCGGGAAAAAAUGUCAGCUAGAUUUCUGUUGAAGAUUACCAAUCAAUUGUCCUUAACAUAUAGUCCAAAAAUCGCUGCCGUGAUUUCGGCGACAUGCACUGUGAGAAGACAGCAUUUCAUAUCAUUUUUCACUGCGCAAUUUUCGGUUUUCUGCAUAGUGCACGUCGCCGGAAUCAACCCUUAAAAGACGAUUUCUGAGUCACUGAAGCAAGCCGUAGUUAGGCCAGGACAUAGGAUUUUUUCGAUGUUGAGUUUUUUGCAUAAAUAUGAUCCACAGCACCAGUAGGGAAAAAGCGAAUCACAGUUUUCCUCAAUUCCUCCAUUAACUGUACUUUUUAUACAAUUUUCUGUUUAUACAGUAAUUGGCCGUAACUUUCUACAGUGGUGCCUGUUUGGCAUACAAAUAUGGCUACUAUGGUUUUUGGGUAUGGCGAGUUCAACAAAACCAAAAAAAAUUUGAUCAGAUUACGGUAACGUACAAAAACACUGUAUCGGUCGAUAAAAAUCGGCCAUAAAAAGUUUGUUUCAAAAAACCCACAGCCAAUUUUUUGAUAUUCGUAAUCAGCAUAAAAUUCUGGACUAGAAUCAAUUUUAAAAAGUUCAAAAAUAGGACCCCCAUUCUCGGUGGUGUAGUGGUUUUUGACCAAAACUGGUAAUCUGACUACCCAGGUUCGAAUCCGGGUGGGUGCGAAUGUAGAAAAAAGACCUCAAAUCACUUUUAAUGAAAACCUGAGAGUUAUUUGAAGCAUGCUGCGCAAUUUUAGGCAUUUAAACUCUCUGAAUUUGGGAUUAAAACGAUUUUUAUGUAAUUUUAGAGGAUUAAUACAUGAAAAAUAAAACUGCUUCAAACUGGUUGAAAUUGAUAACACUUGCUCUAUGGCUAAUUGUAAGAAACUUUCCUGUUAACUUUUUUUGGUAGAGUGCUGUAUCAUGGACUACUGUAACAUAAAACUUAUUCUGCUUAACAGAUGUUUUCUUCAAAAUUCUUUUGUAAAUGUUUUUCUUUUUUAAAUUAGAUCUAUUAAAAAGCAUGAAAUCUCAACGCUCCAUAUUUCAAAAAGAAUUUUCCAUGAUAUAUAGUGCAUCUCGACAUCAUUAUCGAUUGGAAAUCUGCGCGUUAUAACUGACUUGUUUCAAGUCCUCCGGACAUAGAAAACAAAUCUGUGUGAUAACCGACGUGUUCUCAAGCAUUCCUAUCAUAAUUAUGAUAGACUGAGGUCUCUACGCCCUGUGGCACACCAAAAACGAAAACGGGUUUAAUGUUACAGUAAUCCAUGAUACAGAAUUCUAACAAAAAAAGUUAACAGGAAAGUUUCUUACAAUUAGCCAUAGAAUAAGUGUUAUCAAUUUCAACCAGUUUGAAGCAGUUUUAUUUUUCAUGUAUUAAUCCUCUAAAAUUACAUAAAAAUCGUUUUAAUCCCAAAUUCAGGGAGUUUUAAUGCCUAAAAUUGCUCAGCAUGCUUCGAAGAACUCUCAGAUUUUCAAUAAAAGUGAUUUGAGGUCUUUUUUCUACAUUCGCACCCACCCGGAUUCGAACCUGGGUGGUCAGAUUACCAGUUUUGGUCAAAAACCACUACACCACCGAAAAUGGGGGUCCUAUUUUUGAACUUUUUAAAAUUGAUUCUAGACCAGAAUUUUAUGCUGAUUACGAAUAUCAAAAAAUUGGCUGUGGGUUUUUGAAACAAACUUUUUAUGGCCGAUUUUUAUCGACCGAUACAGUGUUUUUGUAUGUUACCGUAAUCUGAUCAAAUUUUUUUGGUUUUGUUGAACUCGCCAUACCCAAAAACCAUAGUAGCCAUAUUUGUAUGCCAAACAGGCACCACUGUAGAAAGUUACGGCCAAUUACUGUAUAAACAGAAAAUUGUAUAAAAAGUACAGUUAAUGGAGGAAUUGAGGAAAACUGUGAUUCGCUUUUUCCCUACUGGUGCUGUGGAUCAUAUUUAUGCAAAAAACUCAACAUCGAAAAAAUCCUAUGUCACCGCUUGCUUCACUGACUCAGAAAUCGUCUUUUAAUACCCACUGCUUACCAAACAUUUUGGGCCCUAUUUUGGUUGUUCAUUGUAAUGCGGAUUAUCUGCGAGUUUAGAAACAUUGGUGUAAUGUAGCCGGACUCCCAUGGGAUGAUGUUAUAUUCAGGCCGGAAACCGCGGUUCUAGAGCCUUCGGAGAGUUCGCAAGACGGGGUUAAUGACAAAGAAAUUGCACCUGAUAUGACGCACAGACUUUGCCGGGGGGGAUAAUGUUUUGUUUUAGACAGGAAAUUUGAUGAUCCAAAUUGUGAUUUUUAAUGAUAUUUGCAUAGAAAGGGCUCGAAUACAUUUGAAUAUGGGUGCUUGAAAUUUCGUAUUCCGGUCAAGUUGACCGGUCAUAUUGGUCAAGAUGACCAAUAUGACCGGUUAUAUGACCGCGAUAUAAUUUCAGAAAUUGGUAAAAACACUCAAAAAUAAAAUUUUCAAACUUGACCAACCUGACCGGUCAAGUUGACCAAUAUGACCGGUCAAGUUGCCCGGAAUACAAUUUCAAGCAUCACUUAAAAAAAUCCAAAAUUUCUACUUUUUUUUGAAUUUGACCAAUCUGACCGGUCAAAUUAAAAUUAGAUUUUCGAAAUCUUUCCAACAUAAAUUUACACUCUCUUCAGACCUUUAAAAAACCGUUUCCGCCCUCGCACCUUCAAAAAUUCAAAUUUCCCGCCAAAUUUGGCAUUCUGUUUUACCCGGCUCUAGACUAUUCAAAUGACAAAAAAACGAUAAAACAGCUAUUGGACUUUCCUAAAAUUACCUACACGCCUCAAAACAAGAUUUUUUAAUAGCAAAUUUGCCAAUUUCAGAAUGCGAAACAUCCUCGGCUCCGUGGUAUUCGACCCGCAAUUCCGUCGGAUCGCGCGGAACACGGACGACAAACGCAUGAACUUCCAACGGACCGGCGGCCCCAUUCUGCUCGGCUGA